CAUGUCCGAUAACGCGGGAAGCUUGACUUCCUUGUUUACAAUUUUCAUAAAGUAAACACUUAAUUUUUGCAACAAUGACAAGUCUUGUGGCUGAAGAAGAUUUGAGCGAGGAGUUUUCUAUGUUUGGGAUUGAAUUAGAUGACGAGGAUGUCGUUUUAAAACUGCAAGAACUGUGCACAAUGCAUAGACUGGAUGCUGGGAAUAUGGUAACAGAGUGGGUUGCAUUUACUCACUCGAAGAAAAAUAUUACAAUGACAUUAGACGUCCUGGACCAGUUUGAAAGAGAGAGACUGUCAAAGAGGCAUCAGAAGACCCCUAAAUCAGUGAAAAAGGGAAAUGCACCGAAAAUUCACAGUAUUGACACGCUGCCAAUGGAUGUUGAGGCAGCAGAGGAAUUAUACAGUGCCUAUGGUGGAAAUACUCCAACCUCAAAGAGAACGAUUUCGAACAAGAGACAGCAUACACCAGAGAAUGCCCCCAUCAAGAGGUUCACAGGCCCAAAUAGGAGCCCAGCAGUGCCGUACAGCCCGUCAAGCUUCUCACCAGCUAGUACCACACCCGCAAAGAAAUACAAUUCUCGCACAAACCGCGGUGAUGUAGUAGCCAGCCUUAGCGACACCGAUGGAACUGCCUGGCACGGAUCUGGCAAAGAAGUCACCAUAGAAACAUACGCUCCCGAGCAAAAUGUAACUAGGAACUUCAAGUACAUGUUUCAAAAGAUGUCUGACAAAAGAGAUGUGCUAAACGACAUGAUAGAAGACAUGGCAGAACACAUCCAGAAAGUCCACAACAUUGAGGAGUUUUCCCAUGUGGCUUUGCCCACACAGGAAGAGGUCACAAUUGUUGGCCGGAUAUGUUGUGACAGUAAUGGAAAGCUGAAUGCUAAGUCAGUGGUUCUUGAAGGCUCUAUUGAUAUGUCAUCUGGUAAGAUGAUUCCAGUAGACCUUUCACAACUCAAGGAGUUUGCCUUGUUUCCGGGCCAGAUGGUUGCCAUGACUGGACACAAUAGCACAGGGCAGAAAUUUGUUGCCAGUAAAUUGCUUGAGAGCGUUCCUCUCCCUCUACCAGAGAUAAAAACUUCCCAAGAGAACGCAUCUCGUCUGAGCCUCCUCGUGGCCGCGGGGCCUUUCUCAACAUCUGACAGUCUCUCAUACGAACCUCUGUCUGAUCUCGUUGAACAAAUCAGGAUUGUUCGACCUGACGUCUGCAUUUUGAUGGGUCCUUUCGUCGACUGUAAAAAUACAGAAAUUGAGAACGGCAAUUGUACCUUGCCAUUUGAGGAAAUAUUCCAGUCAAAGAUAGAAGAAAUUGCCCAAGCUACUGAAAAUUUGAAUGUGAAGGUCGUGAUUCUGCCGUCGUACCGAGACAUUCACCAUGAUCCAUUGUACCCAACACCUCCGUACAAAUACGAAAACUCAAAACAUAAACACAUACAGUUUCACACGGACCCAUGCACACUGCGCAUCAACAAUGUCGUGGUUGGUCUGACCUCAACCGACGUUCUUUUCCAAAUGGGCAGUGAGGAGAUCGCUUUUCCACCAGGUGGCAGUGACAGGCUGGGCAGACUGGUUCAACAUCUGCUCUCACAACACAGCUACUAUCCGUUCUACCCGCCCAGUGAGGAGAUGUGUAUCGACUAUGAGAAGUUCCCGGCCUCAGGGUUUAUGCCGACAACGCCGCACAUUUUCAUCUUACCCUCGGAGUUCAAACAGUUUAUAAAGGAUAUAAAGGGUUGCUGCUGUAUCAACCCAGGACGGCUCACCAAGGGGCUUACAGGAAGUACGUUUGCCAAGGUUGUCGUGGAAACCAACAAACUGGCCAGUAAUCAGCCUUUAGUGAAAAAUGUGACUGCACAAAUUGUCCGAGUAUAAAAAUUACUAAUUUAGGGUUAUUUACUUCUGUUUAGUAUAUAAUAAUUUGAAUAUCAGUCAUACAUAGUACAUAAUAAUUUGAAAAUCAGUCAUACUUAGUAUAUAGAAUAAUUUGAAUAUCAGUCAUACAUAGUAUUUUCUUUGUUCUUUGGAUUUUAUUAAGCUAUAGCAAUUUCAAGUAGUAUGGAAAUCAUGUAAAAGACUAAUAAAAUUGUACAUGCAUACCAACCAGAAACAAUAAAUGAACGGAGACAGUCCAGCAUUGGUCUCGUAGUUAAUAAUGUUGAAACAGAAAAUGUGACCUCAUAGUUGCUUGUGACUUGAAAAUAAAAUUGUAAAUCCA